CUAUUCUUCUCUUCAUUUCUAUCGCUCGUACUUCAGGAGGCGCUGUGACUUUCUUCUUUAGUUCACCGCGGUAAAACCACUGAAGAAACAAAGAAGCCUGGAGCACUCAGAAGAUGUUGAGCAUGAAAGCGCAGGUGGAUGUGGUCUGCUGUAAAUCAGUAGGAACUGAUCUGUCCAUGCUGGAUAUUGAGGAUUUCAUCACAGAAAUCUGUCAGCUGAAGAAAGAGGUGGCUUCACUGGAGGCAAAGCUGAGAGAAAGAGGAGACAAACUGAACAGAGAGGAUGUGGAGAAGGUGCGUGUGACUAAUGGGACAGAAGCUCAGGAUCAUGAAUCCACUGAUCAAACCUCUGACUGUAACGCUGGAGAACAGCAGAUGCUGCAGACGCCGCUGAAGAUGUGCUCUGUCAAACUGGUGGACUGCAGGAACCUGAUAGAGAGCAGAGCAGAAGAAACCACCGCAGAGAAAGAACAGAGUAAUGAGGAAGAGCAGGAUGAUUAUUGGAUUGAUGAUGAUAAAGAUGAUGAGAAUGAUGGUAAUGAUGGGACAGAAGCUCAGGAUUCAGUCUGGAGCGUCAGAGAUCAGAGAUCCAGAGACACACAGGACUCAGAGCUCAGCCUCACUUUACUCUGUUAUACUGACGCUCAGGAUCAUGAAUCCACUGAUCAAACCUCUGACUGUAACGCUGGAGAACAGCAGAUGCUGCAGACGCCGCUGAAGAUGUGCUCCGUCAAACUGGUGGACUGCAGGAACCUGAUAGAGAGCCGAGGAGAAGAAACCACCGCAGAGAAAGAACAACAACACAGUGAUGAGGAAGAGGAUGAUGAUGAUGAUGAUGAUGAAGAUCAGAGUGAUGUUGAUGAAGAUCAGAGUGAUGAUGAUGAUCGGAAUAAGGAUGAUGAAGAUCGGAAUAAGGAUGAUGAAGAUCAGAGUGAUGAUGAUGAUGAUCGGAAUAAGGAUGAUGAAGAUCAGAAUAAGGAUGAUGAAGAUCAGAGUGAUGAUGAUGAUCGGAAUAAGGAUGAUGAAGAUCGGAAUAAGGAUGAUGAAGAUCAGAAUGAUGAUGUUGAUGAUGAUGACUUCGUUCCUUCAGAUGACAACGCUGGUUCAUCUUCUGAGGGAGAAACUGCCUCCACUUCCAAAGAGCGAUGGACAGUGACGGACUGUGGAAAGACAUUCAGCAAACACGGUCAUUUAGUGAGACAUAAGAAAAAACACACAGAACAGAAAGAAUUCACUUGCAAGAGAUGCAACAUCAGUUUUCCUACCUUCAAAGAGAGGAAACGUCAUUCAAAAAAGCACGAAGUGAAGAAGGAGUUUCGCUGUGAACAGUGUGGGAAGGAUUUUUUCACCACUCCUUAUAAUAUGAAAGUUCAUAUGAAGACACACGAGGAAAAGUCUUUCCAGUGCAACGAAUGUAACAAGUUUUUCCGCAGCAUUAGUAAUCUUUCUAUUCAUAAGAGGAUCCACACGGGUGAAAAGCCGUACAAGUGCCCUCAAUGCGAGAAGAGCUUCACCCAGAGAACGCAUCUGAAGAACCAUCUACUCAUGCACACCAAUGAGAGACCGCAUCAGUGCCCUCACUGCGAGAAGAGCUACAACCUCAAUUCAGAUCUAAAGAAACAUGUACUCAAGCACAGCAAUGAGAGACCACAAAACCGUUUACUCACGCACAGCAAUGAGAGACUGCAUCAGUGCCCUCACUGCGAGAAGAGCUUCAGUCUCAGAUCAGCUCUGGAAAAACAUGUACUCACGCACAGCAAUGAGAGGCCAUACAAGUGCAGUGAAUGUGGAAAAACCUAUAAAAACUCAACUUCUCUAAAGGCACACCAGAAAAUACACUCUGACAAACCGUAUCAAUGUUCACACUGUGAGAAACGUUUCCAUCAUUCGACUCACCGUAAAACCCAUGAGAGGAUUCACACCGGAGAGAAACCGUACCUGUGCUCCGACUGCGGGAAGAGCUUCGCUAGUUCAUUUUCGUACAGGAUUCAUCGGAGAGUUCACACAGGAGAAAGACCGUAUUCCUGUAGUGAUUGUGGGAAGAGUUUUUAUAAGCCAAGUGACUUAAAAAUACACCGGAGGACUCAUACAGGAGAAAAACCUUUUAAAUGCUCACAUUGUGACAAGACUUUUGCUCGAGCAAGUGCCAAGAAUGUCCAUGAGCGACAUCAUACAGGAGAGAAACCUUACCGCUGCUCCAUCUGCGGCGAGAGAUUCGCUUAUAAAUGGGGUUUUCAGACCCACAAGAAGAAACAUGCUGCCCCAGAAUCAUAUUGAAGGAGUGGAAUCCUGAAGACUUCGCGACCUCCAUAAUGUAUAUAUUU